AUAUAUAAACUCUCAAAGCACUACGUGAAUAUCACAGAAGAUACUGGUUUUCGAUUCUCAAAAGAGAAAAGAAAAAAGAAACUAGUUUCGUGCUGAAGAGGGUGAGCGAUGAAUCCAAGAAAGAAAGAAUCGCUGUUUCUGGGCUCUCUGUUUCUUGCUGUACAGUGUCUUUGCAUGGUCAAGGGCGAUGUUCAUUUUUAUGACUUUGUUCUUACAGAGGAAAACUUCACAAGGUUGUGUAGCACUGAGACCAUGUUAGCCGUAAAUGGCAGUAUUCCUGGGCCAGUAAUACGUGUUCACAAAGGGGAUACGAUGUAUGUCAAUGUUCAUAACAAAGGAUAUUAUGGGGUGACCAUUCACUGGCAUGGUGUAAAGCAACCAAGAAAUCCAUGGUCAGAUGGCACAAACUACAUCACGCAAUGUCCUAUUGAACCAGGAUCAAACUUCACCUAUGAGGUCAUUUUUUCCACCGAAGAGGGAACACUUUGGUGGCAUGCUCACAGUGAUUGGACACGAGUUGGUGUUCAUGGUGCUAUUGUUAUCUUGCCUGCUAUUGGAACCACUUAUCCAUUUCCCAAACCAGAUGACGAAGAGAUCAUUAUACUUGGUAUGUUAAUAUUUUUGUCCAUUCCUCAAAUUUUAGCUAAACUAACCCAAUAUACUCUACUAUCAAUAUGGAGAAGGGGGGACUCGAAGGUGCUAGUGGUGGUGAGUGAGGGAAUGGUGGUAAUAUUGGCUUGUCUUAGGCCUCUUGUGGCGACCCCUUCAACAUCAAAACAAGGUUCGUUGUACAGUGGAAAUUUAAAAUCUUCGUUGGAUGAGGAUCUACACUCUGGUAUUGACUUGCCACAUUCUGUCGCUUACACUAUAAAUGGCGAACCAGGAGAUUUGUGCCCAUGCUCUAAAGAAACAACAUACCGUUGGAUGGUUGAAUACGGCAAGACCUAUCUUGUUCGACUUGUCAACGCUGCUGUGUCUGUCGAUCUAUUCUUCGCAGUUGCUCAACACAACCUCACAGUUGUUGGAACAGAUGCACAUUAUACCAAACCCAUAAACACUAGUUACAUCAUGAUAAGCCCAGGACAAACAAUGGAUAUCCUACUCACAACAAAUCAGAGUCUUGGCCAUUAUUAUAUUGCUGCUCGACAAUUUUGGAGCCAAGAUGCCCCGGCUACAUUAUUUGACCCAGUCAAUGCCACCAUGAUCCUCCAAUAUAAAGGCAAUUAUACUAUCCCAUCGUCCCCUACCUUUCCAAGUAAUCUUCCCUUUUACAAAGACUUGCGAUCUGCCAUAACAUUCACAAAUCUUUUUAAGAGCUUAGCAAACAAAGAUUAUCCUGUAAAUGUCCCCCUAAACAUAACUACCAGAAUGUUUAUAACACUUUCCAUGGGCGGCAUUAUUUUUCAUAACCUUACAUCAACACUUGAAGCAAAGGCUACAAGCGCCAAUAACAUAAGUUGGUCCAACCCAACUACAGAUGUAUUGCUUGCUUACUACAGGAACAUUAGUGGGGUUUACACUACAGAUUUCCCAGACCAGCCCCCAUCUUAUUUUAACUUCACAGGAGACGAUUUUCCAUAUACCUUAACAGAACUUGGGACCAAAGUGAAGGUGUUGAAUUAUAAUGAAGCAGUUGAGAUGGUUUUUCAAAGUACCAAUUUGGUGGAAGGCGCAGGGCUUCAUCCAAUGCAUUUGCAUGGGCAUAGCUUCUAUGUGGUUGGAUCAGGUCCUGGGAUCUAUGACAAUGUAACCGACCCAAAAAGUUUUAAUCUGGUUGAUCCGGUUGAAGUGAAUACCUUCGGAGUUCCUAAGGAAGGAUGGCUUGCCAUUAGAUUUGUGGCAAACAAUCCAGGUGUGUGGUUUUGGCAUUGUCAUUUGGAUAGACAUAUGACGUGGGGUAUGUCUUCUGUUUUUAUUGUAAAGAAUGGGGACACGACUGAGACAAGUAUUCGCAAGCCCCCUCCUCAAAUGCCUCUAUGCGAUGCUUCAUUUAGAUUGCGGCUCGAAAACAUUGAUGGAUUGGAUCAAGGAAAAGAAAAUUAACCAAUUUUUAGUUAAAUGCAUUCAUCUAAAUGCAUUUCAUCUACUUAUGUACUCUUUGUUUAUUAUUUAGACUCCUGUAAACUUCUAUUGGGAUUAGUACCCUAAAAUCCUAUUAUAUGCCAUGUAUGAUAUUAUGUAUGAUAUUAUGUUGUGGUUAAUAAAGUUGUUUUAUUAUUA